UAUGUACAUGAUUUGCUUACGGUGUCAUCCGUAACUCGAACCGUCCCAGAAGGUCGCCCGUCUUCUGCAUUUAGCUGGUUCCCUGGAUAUCAGUGGACGACUCAUAGAUGCGAUUCAUGUAUGGAACAUAUUGGAUGGGAAUUCACUAGUAAUGAAUUGCUACCACGUAGAUUUUUUGGAUUAACUCGCGGAUCAAUCAGAGUGGAUUAUGCCAGUCCGUCACCAGCUUAA